AUGCCGUCUGUGCACGAGAUCCACGUUGAACUCGUCAGGCUCCUGAGCGCCACGGAGCGCCUCGUUGCUGCUGGAGAGCCAUCAGCGAGUGGGAGCUGGGAGAACUGGCCGCGCUUCUGUCAGUUCAUUACAUCGCUGGACAGCACCCAGUCUCAGCUGCAAGCAAGGGUGGCAGAGGUUUCCCGUGGAGCCGGCGCCGGCUUGUCGCCAGCGCUCCCAACCGCGGAGGAUCUCGCCGACUACGACCGACGCCUCGAGAUUUUGCGGCGCAAGCGAGACGAUCUCGCGUCUGCGGCCGCCGCCGCCGCCCUCGCUUCAGCGAAGAACUCCGCAGCAACCGAUCCUUCGCAGCAGCAGCAGCAAGCGACUGGGACUGGCGGCGUUGUCGGCGGUGCUGUUUUCGUCCCCCAAGAAGAUGGUGACCGCGUCGUCAGAAGGAGGGAGGCGCGAGGCUCGUCGCGCCGCCGGGGCGCCAAAGACAGCAGCCAAGAUGAUUCCGGCGGGGUGUUUGGCGGGCGGCGCCCUGGCGGCGGGAAGGGGGGGGGGGGGGGGGAGCGGGCCGCGGACGAGGCUGAGGCGGACCAGGUCGCCCAGGAGAUAUCUAGCAUGGCUGGGAGGCUGAAGGAGUCCAGCGUGGCUAUCAACCAGACCCUGAGGACGCAGACCCAGGUGCUUGAAGACACGGGCGAUGCCGCCACCCAGAACGUAGACCGGGUGAAGAGGGAGAACGCUCGGGUGUCGGAGCGGCUGCGCAAGAAACGGGCCGCCAUGUUCGCGUCAUGGUGCAUGAUGAUCACGGUGGUGGUGACCUUCUUCGCAACCUACUUCCUCGUGAUCGUGCCGUUCGAGAAGAGAAGGGGGCCUUUCGUCGCCGCCCGCACCUCAGCGUUUGCUCAGGCGGCGGAGCCGAGGGAACGCAUCCCCUCGGAGCACGACGCCGCAGCAACAGCAGCGGGAGCCGCAACAGCGGAGGAGAUCCAGCGCCGUGCGCAAGAGGCGUACCGUGAAACCGCGCGACGUGCCCGCGGAAGGCACGAAGGCGACAACGCUGCCCACCGCGUCGCCAGGGAGGAGAAAGAGGCGUUUCGUCACCGCCAGGCGGAGAGGAUGAUGGCCGCCAAUAGAGACAGAAAAGCGGCAAUGAAGAAGAAUUCCCAGCAGGAAACACUGGAGGCGGGGACCGACUCUGUUCCGCAACACCGUCAGGAAGAGGGAGCGGAGGAGGGGCAGGUCGUCACGCAGGCUGGGAGCUGCAGUGCUCCCCCUCCCGCUUCUGGUGAGGACAGCAGUGGCGGUGCGGUGGCUUUGGGUAGCUGCAGUGCUCCUCCUCCUCCUGAUGAAGAUGGAGAUGCUACGGCUGCUGCCGGAAGUUGCACCGCGCCUCCUUCCGACGAACAUGCUGCUGAUGCUGGUGCUGGUGCUGCUGGUGCUGCAGAGGCCUCUCCCGCACAGCCCGUGCUUGACCCGGCGGAGGAGCACCGACGAAGGGCGAAUCAGGCGUACGAGGAACGGUCUAGGCGCGAGACCGAGAACCUGAAGAGCACAAACGCCGGGCUCCGUCUUGUGGCGGAGGAAAAGGAGAAGCACCAGCAACAACAAGCCGAGAAAAUGCUGCAGGCAGCGAGCGAACGCAAAGCCAUGGCGGCCGCGGGAAAGGUCAGGGAGGAGGCGCAAGUACGGCAGCGGGACGAGGAGGAGGCGGAGGCGGAGGCGGCCUUACAGGCUAGGGCUCCCGGUUCAGCCGGAGGCGAAACCGCCACGGAUGUUAACACCGCCACGGAUGACAACACCGCCACGGAUGAUAACACCCCCACGGAUGACAACACCGCCACGGAUGAUAACACCCCCACGGAUGAUGACAACGAUGAGCGGAGUGGAGGUGGACAAGUCGACCGUGCCGGGGGUCCUGCCGCUGAGGUGGCCGAAGAAGCGGACAAAGGAGGCGAUGAUGCCGCGGCUCUACCAGAUUCUUCUGUGGACUCUCAAGAGGCCGGGCGUCGAAGGGCGGAAGAGGCGAGGUUGGCGUACGAACAAAACGCACGCCGCGCGGCGGACAGCUUGGCCAGCCAGAACGCCGGGCAGCGGCUGGUCUCUGAGGAGAAGGAAAAGUACCGGCAACGCCAAGCAAAAAAAAUCAUGGAAGGUGCGGCGAGGAGGAAGCAGCAGCGCCACCAGCAAGGCGGCGAAACUAGCGAUCAGCUAGAGCUAGAGGGUGACGGUUCACCGCCCGACUCAGAGACCGGCAGAGAGAACGCCGACGGGACGAUUGGAAACCCCGCUGAGGAACCCUCUUCGGGAGUUGGGGGCGACGGUGGUGGUGGUGGUGCUACUCCUGCGGUUGGGAGCAGCGGGCGUGGGAGUAGCCAGGGAUCAGGCGGUCUCGAUGCCGUUCGCAUGCGGCUGCGCGAGAGCUUAGGAAGCAAACGAGGGGGAGGGGGGGGGGAGACGUCAACGAACGGUCACGGAAGCCGAAGAGACGAGCUUUGACCUUCGCUGUGCUGACGAUCUUCCUUGCGUUCCUGCGCCGCAAGGGUAGAGACGGCGACUCUAGGCUCGAGUGUUGUCGUGUCUCUGAGCCAGGCAUGGUAAGAUGGUUGGGUGUGUGUCAAUUUUGUUUGGAUGAAAAGUACAAGUUGUGGCGUUCUUUGUCGUGCUUGACGGCCAAGUCGUUUGUGGGAGUGAGUGCUGCUAUCCAUCCGGAGCCUUGUGCAAGAGGGAAACGGGCGUGCUUUCGAAAUUGUUGUGGAGCUUGCAUUUGGUUUAGUUGAGGAUUAUUAAUAGAAGUAGUCUACAUAGUCUGGGUCUCUCCGAACCCAUCACUGACGAAUGCAGCACUUGGAUUCUUUUUUGGGAUCUUCGUUGAAAAAGGACGACCAGUCAGAAGUAUAGGCCUGAGAGUUCAAAUCUCUUGUUGAUUGUUGUUCGAUGGAAUGGGUAUCAAGUUGUGCGAAGACAUACACAGGUAACAUACAAACAAACGUGGUACCGAGAGACGUGUGGUGUGUGUGUGUGUGUGGGAACGGCGACAUUGACUAGGCUAUU